AUGGCCUCCAGGAGCUUCUCUCGUCUCGGGUUCUCUUCCCAGAUCACCGCGCCCGCCCGCCUCACUCUGCCCCUCCGAUCUAGGGCUGAUUUUUCGCGCACCCUCCCCUGUGCCUAUGCUGGAGCUCAGUCGUACUCCACCUACCGCGCUAAGCCCCACUUCAACAUUUGCACGAUCGGUCACGUCGAUCACGGCAAGACCACCCUCACUGCCGCCAUCACUAAGGUGCUCGCCGACACCGGUCUGGCCAAGUUCCGCGAUUACCAGUCCAUCGACAAGGCUCCGGAGGAAAUUCGCAGGGGUAUCACCAUUAAUGCUUCUCACGUCGAGUACGAGACCGACAAGAGGCACUACGGUCACGUCGACAACCCCGGUCAUGCUGAGUUCAUCAAGAACAUGAUUACUGGUACCUCGCUGACGGACGGUGCUAUCCUUGUGGUGGACUGCUCCACUGGCCCCAUGCCCCAGACCCGUGAGCACAUUCUGCUCGCCAGGCAGGUCGGCGUCAAGAACAUCGUCGUGUGGCUCAACAAGUGCGACCUCAUUCCCGACAAGGAGCUCCAGGACAUGGUGGCCAUGGAGAUCCGCGAGGAGCUGACCCGAUACGAGUACAACGGCGACUCUACCCCCAUCAUCCACGGUUCCGCCCUCGAGGCUAUCGAGCUCAAGGACACCGAGUACGGUAUUCAGGCGAUCAGGAAGCUCCUCGCCACCGUCGACGAGCUCCCUCAGCCCGAGCGACAAACCGACAAGCCCUUCCUGAUGGCCAUUGAGGCUCUCUACACCAUCUCCGGUCGCGGCACCGUCGCCACUGGUGUGGUUGAGCAGGGUAAGGUCAAGAUCGGCGACGAAGUCGAGGUCCUGGGCAUGCAGGAGGACGCCAAGAAGAUCAAGGGUGUCGUCACUGGUAUCGAGACCUUCCACAAGCAGAUGGAGGAGGGCUUCGCCGGCGACAGCAUUGGUCUCCUCCUCCGUGGCCCCAACAGGGAUGACCUCAAGAGGGGUCAGGUCGUCGGCAAGCCCGGCACCCUGUCGGCUCACAAGAAGUUCGAGGCCAACGUCUACGUGCUCACCAAGGAGGAGGGCGGUCGCCACACCCCCUUCGGUGCUGGCUACGCUCCCCAGAUGUUCUUCCGUACCGCCAACGUCACCGGUAAGGUCAUGAUGGAGGGCGACAAGGUCGCCGUGCCCGGCGAGACCAUGAACGUCGGCUUCGAGACCAUCUGGCCCAUGCCCCUGUCCGAGGGACUCAAGUUCUCCUGCCGCGAGGGUGGCAUGACCGUCGCCGCCGGCGUCAUUACCAAGGUCUUCCCCAUGGAGGAGGAGGGCAAGAAGAAGAAGGGCAAGUAA